AAAAACGUUUGAAGAAAAUUGGAUUGGUACAAGCUCAAAACGAACCGUGUUACUUUCUGAUUAGAGUUUACUUGCACCCACGAGGUGCUUGUUCGAGAGAUGCAUGGCAGCUGAGAGUCCCUACCACGAUUAUAUAGCUGGAGCACUCGGAGGAACUAUUGGGUAUGCUGUUGGUUAUCCAUUCGAUACAACAAAGACCCAGCUUCAAACACAACUGCAUGGAAAUCAGUACAAGGGCUUCACUGAUGCAUUUAGACACAUUUAUAGACAACAAUGGAUCAAAGGGUUUUACAGGGGCAUGUCCUGGCCAUUGAUCACAGUAGGAGUGACAAACUCCAUAUUUUUUGGUGUGUAUGGAAAUGUUCUCAAGUGUUUGGAGCCUGACAGAGAGAAACGGAAGAAAGCAUAUAGCAGGAUAUUUUUAGCGGGGUGUUUGGGAGGAGCAGCACAGAGUCUGGUGGUCAUCCCCAUAGACUACAUCAAAGUUGUUCUACAGUCUCAGAUCAGACAUGAGGUACAUCCCAGCAAAGUUGUCACAGCAACAGUUGAGAGUGCCAUGUUCCGGGGUCCUAUGGAAUGUGCACGUUAUAUCUGUCGUACUGAGGGCCUACAUAGACUGUACAAGGGUGCAGGACUGACAAUGGGUAGAGAUAUACCCUGUUUUGGUGUGUAUGGUCUAACCUAUAUGUACAUAAGUGGUAAGAUGAAGGAGAGGGGCUGGUGUGACUCGCGGGGACUGGUAGCUGACCUGUUCGGGGGUGGCCUGGCAGGGAUCACCGCAUGGCUAUCAGUGAUGCCGGUAGACGUGGUGAAGAGUCGGUACCAGGCGGACUGCCGCGGAAAGUUCAGUGGUUACAUAAAUUGUGCCGUACAAAGCUACAGAGAGGAGGGUUUGCGAGUUUUCUACAGGGGCAGCAUGGCGAUCUGUCUUCGUAGCUUCUCCUCUAAUGCUGUUGAGUUCAUGGUCUAUGCACAAGUGAUGCGCUACCUUCAAGGCUCAGAUCACUACUCUGAGGACUAACAUUCUUCAUUCAUCAACAAAAUGUGAUCUCAUUUCAGUGACUUAUGUCUUACUGCUUCUUUCAUAGUUUUGUCCAAAUUGUGAUUUAAUUCUCACUGUGGCAAUGCUGAUGUGGAUGUCUGAAUGACACUCAAGGUUAUUAUAGUUAUCCUGUAUGCCUCUCAUACCUAUUGGUCUGAUACUGUUGUAUCCAAUGUGAUCUGUUUACUGUGUAAAUCUGUGAUAUUAUUACAUUUCCACUCAUACUUAUACUGUUGGUCAGAAAAAGACGGAGUAUUAGGACCCAGUUGUUCAAAAUGUCAGUAGCUUAAUCACCUGAUUAGUGAAAAGCUCAUUUCUCCUUUACCUUAAAACCUUAUUAUGUGUAUUCCUUAUAAUAGACAUGUAGGAAGUUAGUUUUUACCAGAAAGGAUUUUAUAAUGAUUUUAAAAUUGUUGUGAAACUAUAAUUACCCUUUGAACAACCGGGUCCUGAUGUUAAUUAAAUACUUAUCAAGUUGAAUAUUAAAGGGAAAUACAGAUCCAAAUAUGGGGAUGAAGAAUUAGGAUAGUCCACUCUUUGGACAAUUAUUAAGUGUGACCCCAUUAGUGGAAAUAUCCCAAUCCUUCAUUAUCAAAUGUAGAAGAGUAUUUUCUCUCUCAUUUUGUGACCUCAAAGGUGUAAUGAUAGAAUAUGAAUUAUUCAUUAUUGUAUAUUAUGUAAAUAUUUACUCAGAAGUUAAUGAAAUUACCAAAUGUUGAAUGCAUGUUAAAAUUGCUUUAUGAUUCCCAUGUGUUCAUUUAAGUGGAGUUGCCUACUAUAUUUACACAGGUAAAACAGAAAUAUCUAGUCUGAUUGGAUUUUGAGAGCUUAUGACCUUGUCCCAGGUCACCUUUUGCCUGUCGUUGUGUCAUGUGCAUGCAUAAAGAAUUGACAUUUUCGACUUCUAACUUCCAUGAAUAGAUUUCAUUAAAAAAAUAAGAAAUAUUCCAUAGUCAAAUAUGAACCAACCAUAGUGUCAAAUGUAUGUCCCCAUGAUACUCCCAGAGCGCUGAGGAAUUCCACCAAUCAAAUUGCCUGUAACUUCAUCAGUUAAUUUCAGGUUGUCUGUCAGGUUGUCUGUCCUCUUGUUUGAUGUACAUAUGAUUUUGUAACCUUUGAGAUUUACCUUAGAUAUUAGUGACAUGUAAAUCAUGUAAGGUUGAUAUUGGUGUGCUGUGAUAUUAUUUAAACCUUUUAUUUGGGUCUUGCCAUAUAAAUGUUAUACACAAAAUACUUUUUUUAUCUUUCAGUAGUUUACUUUAUGAAAUUGAUAACUUUUAUUGCUUUUGAUUUUUUUUAAACAUUUUUAUUAUGCAGAGUAUUUCUCUUAGUGCCUGAUCAUAGGUAUAUGUACAAUGCAUACUUCUUAAAGAGGAUCUAACACUUUCAAGUAAUACGCAGGAUAUCAAUUUGAUAUAGUAUUACACUAACAUUAGUGUUAAAUUCUGUUUAUUAUAGGAGAAUCCAUGUUAAGUUAUUUUCAAAUCUAUUUUUGAAAAGACACAUUUUACUACUGAGAUGUCAAGCGUUUACAAAGUCAGUGAUCUUAUUGUACAAUUUAAUUGCAUUCAUAAAGUCAAAAUAAUCUCAUUGUAUAUUUUAAUUGCGGUUAUGAAGUCAAAGUAAUCUCUUAUUAUGUUUUAAUUGCGGUUAUGAAGUCAAAGUUAUCUCUUAUUAUGUUUUAAUUGCGGUUAUAAAGUCACAGUUAUCUCUUUAUAUUUUAAUUGCGGUUAUAAAGUCAAAGUAAUCUCAUUGUAUAUUUUAAUUGCGGUUAUAUUUUAAUUGCGGUUAUAAAGUCAAAGUAUUCUCGUUGUACAUUUUGCUUACAUUUAUAAAGUCAUAUUGUAAUGCAGGUGUACGGUUUUAUUGUACAACAGUAUACAACUGUAGCAUUGUAAACACGAUGAUUUGGAGCCAGUGUGUCUUAAAUACUUCUAGUAUUUCCAUAAGUGCAAAUUUAAACCGUUCUGAAGUAUAUAUGUUAUUAGGCUGCACUUAUUUCUAUACAUUGUGAAUGUUAAUGUUUUACCUAUAUUGAUUUUAAUGUGUGUAUCAGUGUAUUAUUAAGAAUUACAUGUGUUCUGCGUGUCUAUGGUCAGUAUUUUUAAGUGUUCGUUUAUAGUGCCAUGCUAUAUAUGUAAACAACGCAACAUAGAGGUGAUAAUAUACUCAGGUCAUCAAGUUAAUUUUCUUCACUAUAACUAAGUUAAGAUGAGCUACAGAACAGUGCCUUCCCAAACCUCUCAGCAAGAGGCGUGUAUUACUUUCACAUGUUACUGUCAAAUUGUUUUAAUCAGUAUUUAAUUGAUAUCUGUUGAGAAUGGUUGAAUUUGUUGAUGCUUAAAUAAAGUUUGGUUAUU